UGGUAGCCAUUUUGAGAAGGGUUGAACAACUGGUUUUGUUUUGAAUUGGAAUAGUAUUUGAACAUUUUAUAAGUGUUUCAAUAAGGAAAUUGUGUUUGGUAGAAUGGCAUCAGCAGUACCAGUAUUAUCAAGGGAGGAAACCAAUUUUCUUAGAGUUGCCCACUUAUUAAUAAGACUUUCACCUAAUGCUGUUAGAACUCUUUUCAAUAGAGAGUUUAAUCCAGGUGGAUUGAAAUCAGUUUUCUCACAGAACUGGACGAAACUGGAUGGGCUGAAAAAGAAACAUGUCAUAACACUUGCGCAAUGGAGUUUAUUGUUUCCACCAGGUUCCGAUCCGAAAUCGAAUGACUUCGACCUAACAUUGAUGGUGUGUUUACUUCGAAACCUAACUACGAUAACUAUACAGGACCAACUACCACUACCAUGUGACUUGAGUGAAGGAGCGGCUGUAUCGAGAAUCAAAUUUUACAGAAAUCAAAUUGCUCAUUCUGACUCGGGCGCUAUGUCUGAAGCAGACUUCAGUACAACAUUUGCUAUAGUUUCUAAGGCUAUAGAAAUUAUCUGUCCAACGAUGAAGGCAGAUUGCAUCAUAUUACAAAAUGCUGACCUAGAUUAUUCAUUUCAUGAAAUCUAUGUAGAAUUUGUAAAAAAAGAAAAACAAAUGGAGGAACUCAUUGCUAAAGUUGAAACCCUGAACUUGGAUAGAUAUAAUACACAAUCUAUUCAAAUCGAAGAAAUCUCAGAAUGGAAAUUCAAAUUAGAGAAGUUUUAUGUGACUGAAGCUGCUACCAGAUUAAUUGAAGUGGUUAAAAACAAUCAAUGCAUUAUUAUAACAGGUAUAGCCGGAUCUGGCAAAUCUUCGUUGGCUUAUUAUGUGGCCUUGCACAUGCAAGAAACAGAAAACUACGCAGUAUUACCUAUUUGGUUACCAUCAGAAUUACUAAAAAUGUCAAAUUCUAAUGCCAAACAACUUUUUAUUUUUGAUGAUGUUUUUGGUAAAUAUUCAUUGGAUGAAUUCAAUCUUAACUGCUGGGAAAAAGAGACGAGGCGUAUUAAGAAGUUAUUGAGUAAUAAAGUCCAUAAAGUAAUGGUGACAUGUAGAUCCUAUUUAUAUGAUUUGGUAAGCGAUUGCGUAUCUUCUCUAUCAUUUGCGCAUUUUAACUUGCAAUCAAAUGAAAUAAAUUUAUCUUUAGUGGAAAAAAAAAAAAUCGCCAAGCUGUAUCUUACUAAUGAUGUUAUAUGUCAUCUGACUGAUGAAACAGUUAUGAUGUACAAUUUUUUCCCUUUACUAUGUGUAAUGUUUAAGGAAAAUAAGAUGGAUGAUGUUGAUUUCUUUCGAAACCCAAAGCAGUUUAUAGAGAACGAAAUUGAAAACUUUAAAAGUAAAAAGGACGUAUCGUUCAUAGCUCUAGCACUCUUGGUUUUAUGUAAUAACUCGAUCAAGAAAGAUGGUCUUCAGAUUGAAAAAGAUAAAUACGAUAGUAUGUUGAAAGAUUUAUUUGAUGAAAUGGAUACCAGGAAAUCCCUAUCAAAAACUUCAAUUUUGUCAAAUCUUCAAAAUCUGAAAAACAUGUAUCUUACAGAAACAGAAUCUACAUUCUGUACAAAACAUGAUAAAAUUUUUGACAUUAUUUCUCAUACUAUAGCAAACUUUAUAAUUCGAUGUAUUUUAAAACACGGAGAAUCGGCUUUCAUUAGCAGUAGGUGUCAAUUAAACUCCCUCAACGAACAACAUGGUGACUGUACCAUUUUGAUUACAAAUGAAUUAGAAACCAUGUUUUUCAAACGUAUAUUAAAUGACAUUGAAAAUGGUUACACAUGGGAAGUUUUUGCUAGCCUUCAAAUGAAAUUUGAAAACUAUAGAAAUUUGUUUAUGCAAUACUUAGUGAAGAUGAGUCCAAAAUUUUCUUCGUCAAUAAAUGAUUUCACAACUCCAUUACAUUUCACUGCGGCCAAAGGUUAUUAUGAUAUUUCAAAGUUUUUACUUGAAAAAAACAGAGAACAUGUAAGUUUCCUCGAUGAUUACAAUAGAUCUCCUUUACACCAAGCCGCAAUGAACGGACAUCAUGACAUUUUACAGCUUCUUCUUAGAAAAGGUGCCAGAAUUGAUCAGACAGACGCUGAAGGGUACACCCCUCUGCUUCAAAGUUGCGUUUAUGGAUAUUCGAUAGUCACAGAAGAACUGAUAAAAAAUAAUUCAAGUGUAAACAUAUGUGGCAAAGAUGGUUGGUUUCCACUGCACAUGGCAGCGGCCGAUGGAAAUACUGUCCUUAUCAAACUUCUAGCUAGUCAUAAGGCAGAAUUGAAUAAGCAAAUGAAUAACGGUAUGACAGUUCUGUAUAUAGCUUGUAAUUUUGGCCAUUUUAACGCAGUAAAAUUAUUAAUCGACAGCAAAGCCGAUGUUACAAAAUGUGAAAAUAAAGGAUGGUCUCCGUUACAUGUAGCUUGCCUGCAAGGGUUUAACGACAUAGCUAAAGUAUUGAUUCUUUAUGGUGCAGACGUAAAUAAAGGAAAUAAUGCUGGAGAAACACCACUGUAUUUGACUUGUAUAGGAAAUCAUACGAAUAUAGUCAAACUAUUACUUGAGCACGGUGCUGCAAUUAAUACAUGCUAUAGGAAUGAUAAAACACCAUUACAUAUUGCUUGUGAAAAAAGUAAUGAAGACAUGGUGAAAUUGAUGCUACAUCACAAAGCUGACCCAAACAAGUGUGACGACGAUGGAUUAAGUCCAUUACAUGUAGCUUCAUGUAACAACCAUACGAAAAUAGUUAAAUUGAUAUGUGAUAACAGUGCUGUAUUGGCAAAUAUUUCAAAUAACAAAGGACAAACGCCAUUGCAUGUUGCUUGUCAAAACGGUAAUAAGGACAUAGUCGAAUUACUAUUAAAAAACGAUGCUUCAUAUAAUAAUUCAGAUGGACAUGACUGCACUCAACUACAUCCUAUCUGUUCAAAUGAACAGAAAAACGUAGCCGAGAUUACAGUAAAAGGCGGUGAUGCAGUGAAUGUAUGUGAUAAAGAUGGAGACACUCCAUUACAGAUUGCUGCAAUUCUUGGUGAUACAGCUCUGAUAAAGAUUUUAAUAGAACAUGGAGCAGAUGUAAAUUUGUAUGCGCGUGAAGACAUAACUCCGAUCAAUGCUGCUUGUCAACUAGACCAUUUAGAAGCAGUGAAAAUGCUGAUACGUUAUAAAGCUAGCGUAAACAAAUGUGAUCGAUAUGGGUUCUGUCCAUUACAUAUAGCUUCUCUUUGUAAUCAGAAGGAAGUUGUGGCAUAUCUAUGUGAUUCCGGUACCGCAGAAGUCAACCUGUCAAAUAAAAAAGGUAAAUCCCCGUUACAUUUUGCCUGUGAAAAAGGUAAUGCCGACAUAGUAAAACAAUUAAUCACACAUGAUGCUUCCAUUAAUCAUUGCGAUGAAAGAGGUUAUACUCCUUUACUUUCAGCUUGUUUUGGACUGUUGAUCAAAAAGAGGACAGCAGUUAAUGAAGUAGGUCAGACUAAUAUAACACCAAUACGUACGCCUUGUUACAAUCAAUAUAAUGACAUUGCCAAAGUAUUACUUGAAAAUGGUGCAGCAGUCAACAGCCAUGGUGAAAAUGGGAGAACGUCACUACACUAUGCCGCUGAAGAUGGAAAUACAGAUCUCAUUGAAAUUUUGAUGGAACAUGACGGAGAUGUAAACUUUCAAAUGAAUAAUGGAAUGACGCCUAUUUAUAUAGCUUGUGCGUAUGAUCAUUUAGAAGCAGUUAAGAUGUUAAUAAGUUAUAAAGCUGACAUAAACAAAUGUGAGAAAACUGGAUGGAGUCCAUUACAUUUUGCUUCUUAUGCCAACCAUAAGGAAAUGGUGGCAUAUAUAUGUGAUCACAGUGCUGCAGGAGUAAACCUUUCAAAAAAAGAAGGUCUUGCUUGUCAAAAAGGUAAUAAAGACAUAGUAUCAUUAUUAUUAAAACAUGGUGUUUCUAUUGAUCAUUGCAAUGAAAAUGGAUCUACUUCGUAUCAUUUAGCUUGUCCUGGUGGUAAUAAAAAUAUUGCAGAAAAAUUAAUUAAAGCGUGUGCAGCAGAAAAUAAAGUUAGCAAGACUGGAACCUCACCAUUACUUUUAACAUGCAACGAUAUGCAUAAUGAAAUAGCUAAGUUAUUACUCGAAAAUGGUGCAGAAGUAAACAGUCCAAAUGAACAUGGUCGAACUUCACUACACAGUGCCACUAAAAACGGAAAUAUAGAUCUCAUUAAAAUUUUGAUGGAAUAUGAUGCGGACGUGAACUGUCAAAUGAAUAAUGGAAUGACACCGAUUUAUAUAGCGUGUGAGAAUAAUCAUUUAGAAACAGUUAAAAUGUUGUUACUUUAUAAAGCUGACAUAAACAAAUGCGAGAAAUUCGGAUGGAGUCCAUUACAUGUUGCUUCUUAUUACAACCUUAAGGAAGUGGUUGAAUAUCUAUGUGAUCACAGUGCUGCAGUAGUAAACCUUUCGAAUAAAGAAGGCGAAUCGCCAUUACAUAUUGCGUGUAGUGUAGGUCAUAAAGACAUAGUAACAUUAUUAUUAAAACAUGGUGUUUCUCUUGAUCAUUACAAUGCUCAUGGAUUAACCCCAAUUCACCUAGCGUGUUCCUAUGGUAUGAAAAAUAUUGCUGCAAUGUUAAUUAAAGCGGGUGCAGCAGUUAAUAAAGUUAACGAGACUGGAAACUCGUCUUUACUUUUAGCUUGUAACUAUAGACAUAAUGAAAUAGCUGAGUUAUUACUCGAAAAUGGCGCAGAAGUAAACAGUUCAAAUAAACAAGGUCGAACUUCACUUUACGGUGCCGCUAAAAACGGGAAUACAGAUCUCAUUAAAAUUUUGAUGGAACAUGAUGCAGACGUUAACUUCCAAACGAAUAAUGGGAUGACACCGAUAUAUAUAGCUUGUACGGGAAACCAUUUAGAAGCUGUAAAAAUGUUGUUAAGUUAUAAAGCUGAUAUAAACAAAUGUGAUAAAAUUGGAUGGAGUCCAUUACAUGCAGCUUCUAAUUCUAACCAUAAGGAAGUAGUGGCAUAUCUAUGUGAUCACGGUAAUGCAGAGGUAAACCUUUCCAAUAAAAUAGCCGAAUCGCCAUUACAUGUUGCUUGUAAAAAUAUGAAUGAGGAUAUAGUUAAACUACUUUUAAAACAUGGUGUUUCUAUUGAUCAUUGCAAUGAAAAUGGAUAUACCCCGUUUCAUUUAGCUUGUUCCUAUGGUAAUAAAAAUAUAGCAGAAAUAUUCAUCAAAGAGGGCGCAGCAGUUAAUAGGAUAAACGAGACGGUAAAAUCGCCAUUACAAUUAGCUUGUUACCAUAGGCAUAAUGAAAUAGCUAAGUUAUUACUCGAAAAUGGUGCAGACGUAAUUAAUCCUGAUGAACAUGGUCAAACUUCACUAUUCAGUGCCGCCCAAGACGGAAAUACAGAUCUCAUCAUAAUUUUAAUUGACCAUGAUGCAGAUGUAAACUUUCAAACGAAUAAUGGAAUUACACCUAUGUAUAUAGCUUGUAGAGAAAACCAUUUAGAAGCAGUUAAAAUGUUGUUAAGUAAUAAAGCUGACAUCAACAAAUGUGAUAAAAUUGGAUGGAGUCCAUUACAUGUAGCCUGUCAUUACAAAUAUUACGAAAUAAUUGUAUAUCUAUGUGAUCACAGUGCUGCUGUGGUGAACAUCUCUAAUAAGGAGGGUGAAACGCCAUUACAUAUUGGCUGUGGAAAUGGCAAUGGAGAUAUUGUAAAGUUAUUAUUAAAUCAUGGUGCUUCCAUUAAUCAUUGUGACAAAGCGGGCUUCACUUCGUUCCACGAAGCGUGUUCCGAAGGUAAUAGCAAUAUAGUAGAACUGUUAAUCAAAAAGGAUGCAGCAGUUAAUCUCCCUGAUAGAACUGGUAGAACGCCAUUAUAUAUAGCCUGUAAAAACAGAUGUACAAAUGUAGUAGAAUUAUUACUGAAACAUGGAGCAAAUGUUAAUAAGUUUGAAUCCGAAGAAUGCUGGACACCUCUGCAUGUUUCAGCGUCAUCCGGACAUACGGGUAUUACAGAAUUGUUAUUGCAAAAUAAUGCAACUGUAAAUGUAGUAGAUCGAAACGGACAUACUCCUUUUUACUACGCUACUGAAAACAUUUUCGGUGGUAUUAUAAAGCUUCUUGUUAGCCAUGGAGCCAUUUAAAGCAACAGUGAUGUUCAAAACACAAAACAAAAAUACGGAAACGUUGUGUAAUUCAAUGAGCACUAGGGCAUACUAGAGACUGCAAGGAAUGUAUGUAUAUUUUUACCUUGAUUUGUUUAAAAUAUGUUAAUUUAUUACUAUUUUAUUACUAAGUUUUUUUCACAUGUCCCAAAUAAGGAAGUGGAACUUACAGAGUGAGCUGAAGUUCUAACUUAUCAACAAUUUUAGACUGUACAAUAAUUUUUGUGACUAUCAUUAUUUAUUUAUGAGCACAAUACAUUUCAUGACUACAA